GUUUAUAUCCUUCAUUCCCUUGAAGAAGCUGCUUCAUUUCACUUGGCGUUUCCCUUGAACGGCAGAAGUGAAUCCCAAGUGCGCUGACAGUCAGGCUCUCCUGCUGUGAGAUGGGGCAGCAGGCACGAAGGCGCCUGAUAAUCUUUCCAGAGGAAGUGGUUUGUCUCAGAAUACAAUAAAGGUCUGAGUUACCAUCAGUUUUUCGAAAAACCACACCCAGAGUUUCUGGAGUAAUGGCCCGCUCCCUUUCUGCUCAGUAACUCUGAUUUUUCAACAGCGACUAAGCUGAACAAACGACAAACGCUACAACUGGGUCCCUGCGGAAAUUUGCAUUUUGGAAGACAAUGGAAUUUAUUGCCAAAGAAGCUGUCCUCUCAAGCUGCAGCCACUGAGAGGAUGGUCCGCCUGCCAGUUGCUGUCAGAAAGCACCGCCCUCGUAGAGGAAGCUAGGGCCACUUCCUCACUCUGAGAGAAGCAACAACAAAGUUAAAACGCUGAACCAGGAGGUUGCAGACGGAAUCAUAUCUUCAACUCAGUUUUCAAUCCCGAGCAACAUAGAAUGCAAGUCGGGUGCAUUAUUGCCUCCAUUAUACCCCACUGAGCAGGAAGGUCAACGUGUAAAGUGAACUACUGCAGCAAUGGCCCACCAAGAAAGUCUCAACAAUGACUCCCUGCUCUCAACUUUCUCGGCCUCACUGCCUCCGGGCAUCGGUAAUCACACUGUGGACACGGAUGACGUUGUCAAAGUUAUAAACCUGCAGCAUUUGAUCUCAAGAGGCGUUUACAUCUACAGUGUGUUUGGGCUGUUAGGGCUCCUGGCUGGGAUCAGCACCCUAAUUAUUUAUUUUGUAAGCAUUGUGAAGAAAAUAAAUUUGACGAUGCUGGGCAUCUUAGUCUUCACGGUGACGUUGGCUGACUUUGCGCUGGUGCUCUUUUCCAGCACCGAUCUGGUCAGGCCGAACCCUCUCACCACAUCCGCUCUGUGCUGCACCAUCCUCUCGUUUUCCUUCAACAUACCCUACUUCUACACGGCCCUCAUCCAGGUGGCCAUCUUCGCCUUCAAGGACAAGCUCGAUGCAGUGCAGGACGGGAGCGUCCUGCGCAGAUGCCUCAUCACCACCCUGACUGUAUUGGGGGUGAGCACCGCCUGCUCAGUGCUGGUCUCCACGCUGGCCGGUGUGGUUCAAGACCCGGGCGUGCAAGUCAACUGCUACCUCGAUCCGCUGGAGGCCCCGCCAAGUUACCGCAUCGUCAAGUUCCUCUUGGGGUUCCUGGUGCCGACACUCAUCGCCCUGAUCCUCAUUGUUCGUUUCUUCAUUCACUCCCGCUGCUCGGGCGGGUGUCAGCCCCCGCUCCUACUGCCCCUGGCGAUGUUCAUCGUGAGCUUCCUCUGCCGCCUGGUCUACAACACGAUGCUUCUGCUGCGGAGGGAGGCCGGCGACAGCUACGGGCUGUACAGGGAGGAGGCGAAGGCGGUGUUGGGCGAGCUGAUCCUGUUUGGCGGGAGCUGCCUCUGCCUCUGCCUCCUGUUCAUCGGCGUCUGCACAAGAACGAGCACAGUGCCGCAGGGAAUAGCCAUAUAACAAUUACAGCACGGAAACAGGCCGGCCACUCGGCCCUUCUAGUCCGUGCCGAACACUUAUUCUCACCUAGUCCCAUCUACCUGCACUCAGACCAUAACCCUCCAUUCCUUUCCCAUCCAUAUACCUAUCCAAUUUAUUUUUAAAUGAUAAAAUUGAACCUGCCUCCACCACUUCCACUGGAAGCUCAUUCCACACAGCUACCACACUCUGAGUAAAGAAGUUCCCCCUCAUGUUACCCCUAAACUUUUGUCCCUUAAUUCGCAAAUCAUGUCCUCGUGUUUGAAUCUUCCCUACUCUGGAAAAAGCUUAUCCACGUCAACUCUGUCUAUCCCUCUCAUCAUUUUAAAGACCCCUAUCAAGUCCCCCCUUAACCUUCUGCGCUCCAAAGAAUAAAGACCUAACGUGUUCAACCUUUCUCUGCGGGAGGAAACUGAAGAUCUCGGAGAUAACCCACGCAGGUCAUGGGGAGAACGUACAAACUCCGCGCAGACAGCACCCCUAAUCAGGAUCAAAGGUAUGAACAUUGACUUCUCUAACUUCAAGUAAUCCUUGCUUUCCCUCUCUCUCCAUCCCCUCCCCCUUCCCAGUUUUCCCACCAGUCUUACUGUCUCCGACUACAUCCUAUCUCUGUCCCACCCACUCCCCUGACAUCAGUCUGAGGAAGAGUCUCGACCGGAAACGUCACCCAUUCCUUCUCUCCAGAGAUGCUGACUGUCCCGCUGAGUUACUCCAGCAUUUUGUGUCUACCUGUUGACAUUAGUCUAUCUAUCUUUCGAGCAGACCGAGCCGCUGCCACCUCUCCGAGCCAAUCAUAAACCCCCAUUUACUGUGGCGUUACUAGCGGUAGGGGGCGCGGACAGUAUAUCCAGCUAUCGCUGUUGUGUUUUUGAUCACAAUAGUCACCGACAUUAGAGGGUUAACCAUUGUGAUCCAGCAUUAAGUAACUUCCCACUGAGAAACAGGCUUCCUUAUCUAUGUCUUAAGCUAAUGUGCUACAUUUACCAACGCUAUGCAUUCCCGGGCAAGAGAAAAGGGAAAACUCGUCUGAAACUUGUUUUGCCAAAUUCUCAUGAUCUUCUUCUGCACCUGGUCCACGAGAUAUGCCAAUUGCCCACAUCCGCAAACCCUUUCGUUAUCUUAUUAAAUUCCGAUCAAAAUGAAGUAAAUGAAGAUUUUAAUUUUUUUCCUCUACACGCUCCAACCCCUGCUGGGCCCUCGGCUCCAGGAACCAGAACCACAUGGCUCCCAACAUCGAGAUCAAGUAGCAGAUGUAGAUGCAGCCUCUCUGUACUGAACUCCACAUCCUCUCAUAUAUCGGCGAGACCAAGCACAGACUGGGCGAUCGUUUCGAUGAACACCUACACUCAGAUCGCAUUGGCCUACGCACAUGUUUGUAGGUUAAUUGGCUUGGGUAAAAUUUGUGAAUUGUCCCUCAUGUGUAGGAUACUGCUACUAUCGCUGGUCGGUGUGGAUUCGGUGGGUCCAUUGAAGGGUCCAUUUCUGCACUGUAUCUCUAAACGAAACUAAAACCACAAACUGACCACCGGGUGGCGCCAGCAAUGGCUGCCUCGCCAACAGUCAGUCUGUCCCUUCCUUCUUUGCUGUUUGUUUGUACGUGUUAAAUAUAUGUUUUAGUGUUCUUUAGUUUGUUUUAUGUGAGGGGGGGGGGGGUUGGGAAAAACUUUUUCUAAUCUCUUACCUCGAAGGAGUAUCGAAUCUCCGUCCGCACUGCGGCCUAACAUCAAGGAGUUGGCGGCCUUUGCUGGGGACCGACUUCGGGAGCCCCACGGCAAGAGUCUGCGGACUUUAACAUUGUGGAGCCCGCGGUCUCUGAUUAGAGACCGACUUCUGGAGUUCCAUCGCAGGAGCUUCGACCGCCCCGACGCAGGGAGAAUAAAGAGGAAGAUGAUUGGACUUUAUUGCCUUCCAUCACAGUGAGGAAUGUGGGGAAUCCACUGUGGUGGAUGUUUAUGUUAACUUUUAUGUAGUUGUGUGUCUUGGUGCUUUUGUUAGUAUGGCUGUAUGGUAAUUCACAUAUCACUGUAGCUUAAUUGGUACACAUGACAAUAAACUGGCCUUGAAACCUUGAACGUUGAA